AUGAGGACCACCAGGACAGUGGUUUCCAUACCGCGGCAGACCUCCCUCCACCUUGCAUGGACCGGCAUGAAAGCCCGGGUGCCCCGAAACAUCACUUGGAUGUUCCACAUCGAAGGUCAUGACCAGGCCACCGAGGAGUUCGAGGGCUUUCACGACGGAAUGGCGCAGCUGGCAGUGGAGGAGAUGGACUUCGACGAGAUCGCAAACGAAGACGGUGUGAAAAACAUCAUGGCAAGACUUCGAGAGUUCUUUUUGCCUCACCUCGAAGUCUCACUCCCAAGAGCCUUCGAGACUGCAGUCUAUGGGAGACCUAGGCAGUCGACAGAAGGCUUCCCGGAGUUCAUCGCCCGCAUGGAGAAGGCCUUCAGCCGCUUGACCAAAGAAGGAGUGGAGCUGCCUGAUGGAGCGACAGGGUACAUUUUGUACCGCCAAGCUUCACUAAGUGAGCCCCAAGAGCAAAGACUUCUCAUGUGGUGCGAUGGCAAGUACGACAAGAUGUCCAUAGUGAAAGCCUUGAGAAAACUCGAUAAGGUGGUCAAGGAGAAGUCCAACAGCAAGGGCACCUACUUGAUGGACAUCGAUGACGCUGUUGAGAAUGACACGUACCUCCAGGCUGAAGAUGAGGACGGCGACGGAGAAGAAUUCAUCUACGUGGCCGAAGGAGACCUGGACGGCGCCUAUACAGAAGAAGAAAUGAUGGAAGCCUUGGCUAGCUAUAGAGAAAUCCGAGACGCCCUGAAGAACCAAAGAAACGGCAGAGGUUUCUACAACCGGGAGAACUUCAAGGGCAAGGGCUUUGGGCAGAGCAAAGGAAAGGGAAAAGGCAAGCAUCGAGUGCACAUUGAACAGUUGAAGCUUCGCACCCGAUGCUGGAGUUGUGGAGCCUUGGGACACCUCAGCCGAGAGUGCACCAGCAAAGGUUCUGAGAAAGGAAAGCAUCAAUCCAAUGGAGCACCCGCCGGUUCCUCGGCAGCCUCAACCAAGACGGGCUUUUUCAUAGUGCAGGACGAAGGCGAUUUGGCCCACUCGUCCGAAUGUUUUCCUGGAGACUCAGCCGGUUCCGCCAAGGAAACCUUUUGGCUGAGGCAGUUUGUUGAGGAGAGGAAGCAAGCUCUCCGUCUCACAGAAAGCUCACCCGCUCGUUCAGCAUACAAGGCCGCUUCGUCCGACAGCCAGUUUUGUGGCAUCACCACGAAUUCGGAAGUCGGGGUCGUGGACACGGCGGCCGAAGGGGGACUGGUCGGGAUCAAUGCGCUUCAACGUCUUGAGCAUCGCCUACAUGAUCACGGAUUAGCAAUCAAGUGGGUUCCCAAGAAGUCCUUAGCCAAAGGCAUAGGAGGUCAAGCUCAAGUCGUUGGGGUAGCUAUGAUUCCUUUGGGCAUCGGAGGUAUUUGCGGGUUGCUCGAGGUCACGGUCGUCGAGGGUGAGGUUCCACUUCUGCUACCAGUUAAGCUGUUGAAACACAUGAAGGUCAUUCUCGAUUUCAUCAAGUACAAGUUCAUUUUGCCAGAUGAGGGUUUAGAGUUGAACAUGAGUGAGACGCCCAGCGGACAUGUCACUAUAGACAUCUUGCACUUCCCACCUGACGGCUUUGCAGUUCCUGCCAAUCAGCCGCUGCCCAGACCUUCGAGAGACUCGUCACCACCUCCGACCAUCAUGGCCGACCUGAUGGGGCGAAUGGGCAAGCUGAUGGGUGCCAGUUUGGGAGCACCUCAAGAGAAGAAAGAUGUGACAAUGAAAGGUCAGGCGAGGCGUCCAAAACUCGCCAUCAGGAACUGGAGAGUCAUGCUCGACAAGAUCUUCGUGAUGCUGGCCUUCGUCGAGCGCCAAAGCAUCGUGCAAGAGUGGUUCCCCGCGCAAUCACCUUCGGGGCCAUUUGCGCCGCCCUCAAGGCAGGACGGGGACUCUCUGGAGGCCAUCUACAGCGAGGUCAUCACCAAAGCGAAGCCGCUGACUCCACUGAAGUCCAAGGAGGCACCGACUACGGCCGCCAGUUCAUGCAUUCAUCCGAAAGCUCAGCUCAGGGGCGGCGGGAACAAGAGUGCCUCGUACAUCAUGUGCAAGAUGUGCCACUCCCGUUGGGAGUCCCCGCUGACGGCCACCGAGAUCAAAGAAGACUUGAAGAAGAACAAGAAGGGCCUCUUGAGCCAAAGUCCAAUGGCGAAUGUCAAAGAAGAGAUGAAGAAGAAGAUGGGCGGAGAGACCUCCUCGACAACAUCCAGUGCCUCAGCUCCUACGGAGAAGGUCAUAUUGGAGCUGCAGAAGUACCUGAACCAGGAAAAGGAGGAGAAUCAAGCCGAGCAGGAAGCCAUGUGGAAGGAGCUGCAACAACAGAAGUUGGAGCUGAGAGAAAAGGAGAUCAAGAUGGAGGCCAUGUUCCACUCGGUCAUGAAGAAGAACGAAGAAGAGAAAGAGAGCCCUCCGAAGAUAGAAAGACCAUGGGAGGAGGACCGACUGUGCCACUGCGGCACCUUGGCCAUAAAGCUCAGGAGGAUGCUGGAAGACCGACCGGAAGAACGACAGUUCUGGACAUGCCGCUUCGGACAAUGCGAGUUCUUCGAGUGGGGGAAGACGAUCACCCAUCAAGUGAAGCCUCCCACGGAGAUGAGCUUCGCCCUAGUGAAGUCCGAGGGAGAAGUCCCAGGAGAAGGAGUCAAGGUCGCAGAGAAGGAGUGGAAGGAAGAAGAAGGACUUGUGCCUUUGAGAGAAGAGCGAACAGUGAGGAUUCAAGCCUGGCUGUCCAGCCAGGCGAAACUUGAAGAUGAGUUCGGCGUAGAGAAGGAGACCCAGCUCAAUCAACGACAGAGGAAGCAAGUUAUGAAAGGUUUGAAGAAGCAGCUAAAGAAGGAUGGUGGGCAUGAAGAGGAGAUCCUCUCGGUGCUAGUGUUAGUCACCGACGCUGGAAGAGAAUUCUCUUCCCAGUUGAUGCAAAUGGCCGCUUCGCAUGGGAUAGUGACUCAGACUAUCGCAGCAAAGGCUCCUUGGCAGAACGGCCGUACUGAACGACAUGGACAACACUUCAAGGAGCUCCUAGAGAAAGCAAGAGAAGAAGCAGUGAUCACGUCAAAAGAAGAGUUAGAGCUGCUCAUGCAAGAAGUUGAGAUGACGAAGAACAGGUUCAGCAACAGGAGCGGCUUCUCUCCGGUGCAGCGGCAGAUUGGGCAAUGGCCCAGAGUCCCAAGUUCGCUCUUGGGAGACGAUGUGAUAGAUCCCGGGCUGAUGAACGGAGCGGUGGUGGACGACAUGGAAAGACUUCACGAGAUGAGGAGGCUUGCGCAGAAGGCGUUCGUGGAGCACAAUGCCAAAGAAGCCCUGAAAAGGGUUGAAAGAGGAAGAACCAGGGCGCCACAAGAAUUCACAGCAGGAGACUACGUCUUCGUCUACCGAGUGCCCAGACAGAAGAAGAGGAAACAUGAAGGAGGUCAGCCAAGCCAUGAAAGAAGCCCGAACAAAGCCACUUGGAUAGGCCCCGGGACAGUCAUUGCCGUCGACGGGGCUAGUCUCUGGGUUUCCAUGUACGGAGAACUAUGGAGAGUCGCCAGAGAGCAAUGCAGACCAGCCACCAAUGUGGAGAAGCAGGGCAUCGAAGAAGUGAUGAGGAGCUGUAAGGAGCUGGUCGAAGAGUUCAAAAGAUCAUCCCACAGGAAAGGCUAUAAAGACUUGAGAGGAGAGAGAUGGCCAGAAGACGACGAAGAUGAAGAAGGAGGAUUGAAAGAAGAGGGAGAAGACCUUGAAGCCAAGAGAAGAAGAGUCGAAGAAGAAGAAGUAGAAGAGGAAGGCUACACCCCGACGGAGCCCAUCACGACGCCAAGAAGUAGAAGCCGAAGUCCAAGGGACAGGGCACCAAGCUCGUGGGAGGAUGAGCCUGAAGAAGAAAGAGAAGAAGAUGAAACCAGGAGUCAGCAAAGAAAAAGAGAAGAACAAGAGGAGGACGCUUCUCGAAAGAAGAAGAAGGAAGAAGAAGAUGAAGGCUACCAGAGAAGCCUACAGGAAUCCAUCAAAGAGCGAGGGCACUGGACGGGUUGCCACCCAUCUCUGGACCUCUCAGAUGGAAGCCCGACAGAAGCUCAGUCAACCCAUACUUUCAAGAAUGGACUAGGAGAUCUCCUUUGGAUGAAGGUGCUCUUUAAAGAGCUGGAGAUCGAGAAGUUCAACAUGUGCGAAUGGGCCUCAACCAUGUCCAAGGAAAGAACGGUGGCCCUAGCCAAGGACGACAGUGGAUGCCUCAGAGAGUGCCUCGCGAUCGUGGACGCGAAGAGUCUGUAUGACUACCUGAGUGAGAUCCGCUGGGUCGAUCAUCCUGCCAUGAUCGCAGACCCUCUCACCAAAGUGAAGGGUUCAUGCCAGCCGCUGAUAGAUCUCCUCGAGAAAGGAGAAUUCAGCAUCUCAGCUGAGGAGACGCCCACCGUGGAGGAUCUCGUGGACCGGCCGGCGAAGAUGCGCAAAGUGGAGGAGCCCGGCGGCGAGCCAUCAGCUCCAUCAGUACCAUCAGGGUCGCCGGCGAAGGGGAUUAGCCGAGAUUCCGAGAAGAUGAUCCUCCGCAUGAGUCAGAAAGGUUUAUCCCCUGAGAUGAUUGCGGAUGUGUUGAAUGUGGAAGCUGCAGAAAUCAUGAAGACUCUUGAGCUGAUGCAGUGUGGUGCACAGGACAGUCACACCGGUGGGCAAGUGGGCGAACAUGGCCUCACCUCAUUGGUGAAGCGUCUCAUGGUGGAUCCUCCUGACCUUUGUUGUCCCAUUUCUCACGCGUUGAUGGAAGAUCCGGUGGUUGCAGCCGACGGGUUCCACUACGACAGGUCCUGCAUCAAGGAUUGGCUUCAACAGAGCGCGAAUGCAAAAAGUCCAUCAACAGGACUGAUCAUGAAGUCAAAGGUGCUGUGGAUGAACUUUGUAAUAUAUUUGGAUUUCUUUUUGGCGAUUGGUUGGGUUAAAAUGAGAUGA